AUGCUUUCCAUUCUGGUGACUUUCUUAUCACUAUCAUCGAUCCAUGCGGCUCCUAUUUCAAAGGAUAACGGUACAGUCUGCUAUGCACUCAAAAGCAGUACAGCAGAUGCAUCCAUCUUUCCGUUUUUGAAUGGUCAGGGUCCUCACUACGAUUACCCACAAUCCUUUGGAAUUCCGGUAGAAGUUCCGGACCAGUGUACCGUUGAACAUGUCCAAAUGUUGGCAAGACAUGGAGAGAGAUAUCCAACCGCGUCAAAAGGUAAACUGAUGAUCGCACUAUGGGACAAAUUAAAGGUGUUCCAGGGUCAAUUCGACGGUCCUUUGGAAAUUUUCAAUGAUUAUGAGUUUUUUGUGUCAGAUACCAAAUAUUUUGAUCAAUUAACCAAUUCUUCCGAUGUUGACCCUUCCAAUCCUUAUAUGGGAUCAAAAACCGCUGAAAUUUUGGGAAAAUACAUUGCUUUCAACUACGGGGAACUUUUCGGUAACUAUACACCAGUUUUUACAUCUAGUUCUGGGAGAGUCUAUCAAACUGCUAAAUACGCAGUUUCUGCGUUGGAAGAAGAGCUUAAUGUUCAACUUGAUCUUCAAAUUAUUCAAGAAAAUGAAACAGCCGGCGCAAACUCUCUUACCCCUGGUGAUUCUUGUGUUUCCUACAAUGGCGACCUUGGUGACGAGUACUUCGAAAAUGUUACACUAUCUUACUUAACUGAUAUCAAAAACAGAUGGAUGAAAAAGAACUCCAACUUGAAUCUAACUUUGGAGCAAGAUGACAUAGAACUGUUGGUAGACUGGUGUGCAUUUGUAACAAAUAUUAAGGGUAGUUCUACCGUUUGUGAUCUCUUUGAGCGCAAUGAUUUGAUUGCCUACUCGUACUAUUCUGAUGUUACAAAUUUCUAUGGCAGAGGUUUAGGCAACCCUCUGGUUAAACCAAUUGGUUCAGUGUUACUCAACGCUUCUUACAAUCUUUUCACACAAGCUGAUGAUUUGGAUAAUAAGGUCUGGCUUUCUUUUUCUCAUGAUACCGAUAUUCAACAAUUCGUUUCGGCACUUGGCCUUUUCGACAAUGGUGUCACUGAAUACUCUCUGGAACAGGUUGAGUUCCAGGAUAUCCAGAAGCUAAGCUGGGUGACGCCUAUGGGAGGUCGUAUCUUCACUGAAAAAUUAAAAUGUAGAAAUUCCUCUUAUGUUCGUUACAUUGUUAACGAUGUUGUUAUUCCAGUUCCAGGUUGCACCUCAGGUCCAGGGUUCUCCUGUCCUAUCGAGGACUUUGACGAUUACAUCGCAGACAGAUUGAAUGGAAUUGACUAUGUUUCCAGUUGCGAAAUCCAACAGGUGUCUAACAUCACCGAACUUACUUUCUACUGGGACUACAAUGAAGUGGAGUACAAUGGUCCUGUUAGUAACAAAUAA